GAUUUCUCCACCGUACUCAGUUUCUCCGGCGAUCACGUGACGCGUGACGUCAUGAGCGAAGUGACGUUCAGUGCGGAAGUGAAGGCGAACUGAUCAGUCGCUCUCCAUCACUCUCAUCGAAACCAACCUCACACAGCUCCAUCAUGCUUGGAGGAUUUAAAUCAGAGAGACUUCGUGUCAAUCUCAGGCUCGUCAUGAACCGCCUCAAACUUCUCGAGAAGAAAAAAACUGAAUUAGCCCAGAAGUCUCGUAAGGAAAUCGCAGACUACCUGUCGACGGGCAAAGAUGAGCGCGCGAGGAUCAGAGUCGAGCACAUCAUCAGAGAAGAUUAUUUGGUGGAGGCCAUGGAGAUCCUGGAGUUAUACUGCGAUCUGCUGCUCACCCGCUUUGGCUUAAUUCAGUCCAUGAAAGAACUCGACCCUGGUCUACAGGAAGCGGUGUCCACCCUCAUCUGGGCUGCACCCCGUCUGCAAUCAGAAAUCACAGAGCUGAAGAUUGUUUCAGACCAGCUGUGUGCCAAAUACAGCAAAGAGUACGGAAAGCUUUGCAGGACAAACCAGAUCGGAUCAGUCAAUGAUAGGCUUAUACACAAACUGAGUGUGGAGGCCCCUCCAAAGAUUUUGGUGGAGCGUUACCUCAUUGAGAUUGCCAAAAACUACAAUGUCCCCUAUGAACCUGAAGCCAUGGUUCGGCCAGAGGUGUGUACGGGUGAAGAGGCCGAUCUGAUCAAUGUGGACAGUGACUUUAAGAAGCCUGGUGGAGGUGGUGGAGGUGGUGGUGGUGGAGGAGGGUUCACUGCCCCAGCUGUAGGCAUGCCCAUGCCCAUGCCCACAGCAUUUAACUACCCACCACCCAAAGGAGCUGAGCCUUUUAAUGGUCCAGUUGGCAACUAUAAUGUGUUUAACAACUUCCAGCCCCAAGUGAGAGGAGAGCAGCCCCCACAGCUCCCCAGCUGCCCCCCCACCUAUGAAUCUGUCAACGAUUUAUCAAUCAAACCCUCUGUUCCUUCCCAGGUGAUCCCAGGCCCAGCCCCGUCUGCUCAGAUCUACAACAGCACGACCCUUCCUGAUCUUCCGUCUGUUCCUGACACACUUCCUUCAUCCUCUUUUGGAGGGAACGCCAACGCAUCAGACGACAUCGACUUUGACGACCUGUCAAGACGCUUUGAAGAUCUCAAAAAGAAGACCUAAUUAUCAAGAGAACAUCUGGGAGUCAAGACAUCUUUGUAACCCUUAGCUGUCCCUAUUCACAUACACACUGCUCUCUGUACCUUUGGUGGAGGUGUAUUAUAAUAUUUGUUACUUAUGAGAAUGAAAGAUCUGAUGCAGUUUAGACAGACGCUUGUGAAUCGCAGUGGCAGAAAACUCUACAAAGGCACUUUUACCUACAAUAACUCGGACUGUUGGUUCGACGCCUACCCUUUUUAUGAGCACUUUGCAUAUAGGGCCUAGCUGACAACUACAACCGGUUAGUCAUCUUUAAUGUAUUCUGACUCCAGUGGCAUAUAUGACCACCUCUAAAUGAUUAUAUAUAGGGUAUAUAUAUAAAGUUUCACUCCUAUCUGUUAACUUCCACCCACUUUUAGGAAACAAUGAUCUCAAUUGUAACUUAUUUGUUUCCAGUAAAGCUCAAAUCUCUAUUCAUCUCAGUCGGAGUCAUUUAGGAAAAAGCAGGUUUAACCUGUUGGCUUUAUUCACACCCAGAGUCAUGACUGACUUUCUGUAUGUCACUGGAUGAUGCAAUGGACUGUCCGUGGAUCAAAACUUAAAACUUUGGCACGGUGGUUUUGUUUUAGGCUAAAAUCUGUGGACAUGAGUGACGUUUUGGGCAAUACGGGGAAUAGUGGUGGGAUUGUCAACACCAAAGUUAGCUUUUUUUCUAGUGGUCAGAUCACAGAAUUUAAGAAACGAUUGUUUUAUUUUGGCCUCCCUCAGAUUGAACUUGCUGUCUUUUGUGUACUAAAGUCAAGCAUUUCAUUUAACUGUUUUGUGCUCUUUUAGUUAAAGGGAUAGUUCCUGAUGUCAGUCCAACUCUGUAUGACUUUCUUUCUUCUGUGGAACACAAAAGAUAUUUUGAAGAAUGUUAGAGGUCAACUAGAGUCGACCGACAGUGGAUUUUGCCGAUACCGAUAACUAAGGUGGUGGGAAAGGCCGAUAACCGGCGAUAGUUUUCAAAAUUGAUUCUUAGAAUGUCAAAAAAUGUCUUGUUCUUUCCUUACACUAGCUUUGUUUCCAUCCUAGUUGCGAAGUUAAUUUAAUAGCGAAAAACCACAUUAUCGCAAAAACAAUGUGCUAAUAAAGGCGCGUUUCCAUCCGAGGGUGUUCAAAAGGAUGAAAUUGUCACUUCCGGAGAAACCGUAGCCACUAGGGCACGUAGACAAAACACUGUAAACAACUUUGUCUCGAGUUUGGGGCGACAGCAUGUCACAUACUUCUGAGCACUAUAUAUGUCCGUUCAUCCAUCCUUAUGACUAUACCGUGCGAAUCUGAGAGAUAUUUUUGUCUAUAAACCUGUUCCGUACUGUUCAAGUGUGUUUUCGAUUUAUUUGCACUGCAAAUAAAAUCUUUCUAGGCAUUGGAUUUUCUAGACAGUUAUUUCAGGAUGAUCAGAGCAACAUUUCAGAUGCGAUGAUUGGUCCGCUGGUUAGUCCAGUUAUCAACGAGUUAUUCAGUCACGUGAACUUUUUUAUGCGUGUCUUUUAUUCCUAAACAAUUCAAAAGGAGUUUAGUUGGUAAAUGUGUUUGCAUCAUAGUUUAUGCACAUUUCUUCUUAUCGAAUAUAAAAUGUCUCCACCUCUAGCGAGCGUAUAAUAUUUUUAUGCGUAUUUAUUCGCAUCUAUUUCCUGCAGUUUUUAUGCGAUAUCCCAAAAUAAAAUAAAAAAUGUAUGGAAACAUAACUCAUGACAGCCACAGACAAUAAGUCCUAAAUGCAUAAAAUCCCAGAUACAGUUUAUAGUUCAACCAAAAUUCAAGAUUUGGUGCAUAACAAGAGAAUUUUAUGUAUAAACAGGCCCGAAACACACUGGGGACUCUUAUUUUGAAAUGCAAGAAUUAUGAAAAAACUAUCGGCAUCUAUCGCCAUAAAUUUUUGCCGAUAAUGAUAGUUCCAAAAAGCAACUAUCGGCACCGUUUAAUCGGUAAAACCGAUAUAUCGGUCUACCUCAACUACCUGUUGUCCAAAACACCACUGGACCCCAUUGACUUACAUUGUAUGGACAAAAAAACACAAACACGGAGACAUUUGUUUUUAAAUAUCUUCUUUGUGUUCCACAGAAGAAAGAAAUGCAGACCGGUUUGGAGCGACAUGAGGGUGAAAAAAUUACGGGACCCUUUAAGACUAUAGUAACACCUUCCGUGGUGUUUAUUGAAUGGGAGAGAAUGUGUUACGUUUAGAAGAAUUAAACCAGUCAGCCUUCCUAAUUUGACUCAAAAGGAAACAUUUAUGAACUUAUAAUCAGUCUACAGUGCAUCGCACUCUUGUUACUAGUACUGUCUGUGUGUUCUCCAAAAUGGGUUUGCCUUAUUGCUGUCUCUAAAACAGUGGCCUUGCUGUUCCACACCUUUCUCUGGGACACGUGACCAUUUUAACAGCUUGGACAAUUAACACCACAUUUGCAUACGUCAUUUUAUAGGCCUUUGUUCAUUAGUCUCUUUGGUGAGGGUUUAAAAUAUGAUUUCCUUUUAUAUUUUUGAGUGUCAAUGUAUUGAUUAUUUUGAAAGCGUGAGAAGGGUUAGUUAGCUUUGUAUCUGUGCGGCAGCUCUGCCUUUGACUUUAUAACACUAAAUUGUGCAUUUCCUCGAUCUGAAUGUGAUUCUGGCAUAUUAGGUAUGUUUGUUACUGAUUUUUAGCUUGCAUUGAAAACAUAUCGGACACUUGUGUAAUAAAGUCUUUUUCACUUCUCACCCAAAUCAUUUCUUACUGAAGGUCCAAUCUGCCGUAAUAAGCGGAGUUUAAAACAUCAAUUUGACAGCUAAUAUAGUGUGAAAAGGUAGUUACUUUUGUGAAAGCAGCAGGUUUGGAAGUGCAUGGAUGUGUUUCGUAUGUAAUGUGGCUUCAUCAGUUUUUACCCCUCAUAACCACUAGAGGGCGCAGUGCUAUAACUAUUAUUAAUAUGAACAUAAAACAAAGCCUCAUAUGUACAUGCACAAUAUUAACAAGCCCUGUCACAAAUAGUCUCGUGUAACAAAUCACAUGAAUCCACACUUGAGUUUGCUUGUCUUCCAAGUAUUUAAUCACUACAUGAGGUACAUGCAUAAUCUACCACAGGCCCAAAACUGUAAUAUUGUAUCAGCACGAAUGCACUAUUCACAUUUCAUGACAAAUGCCUCAUUAAUAUACCAUCUAAUUUGACUUAAAUUAACCUUCCUUGUAUUUUUUAGUUAGGAUUACAUUGAUUUUCUACAUGUUGUUUGUUUGUUUACUUUGUAUAAAUAUGGGUCACGUAUUCCAAAGUGGCGUUUGGCGACCCCCAUCACAGUUAGUCAAACGCCUACUUAGUUUAAGAUCUUUUAAAUGAAACACAAGUAUUUUGUGAUAUUUAAAUCUAAAACUAAGUGUUAAAUAAGCACAAAACGUAAGAUUUGGCGAUGUACCAUCCCAUAUUGGUCCUAUCGGAAAGCGCUCCGCAAUCGGCAUAUCGUUGCUAUGGUCACCUCCGACUUCGCUAAUUUAGGGCAAGGGUGUAGAUUUUUUGUGCAGUUGCAGCGUGAAGCAUUUA